CGACGCAUCACUUAAGGUCCGCCUGUCCAGACUCCACCAAUUGUGCUGCGGGAGCAUUACUGGGACCGGGCUGCUGCACGCCGCCGGAGGACAAACAAUGGCCGGAGACAUGCUGACGCAGGCGGCUGAUGUCGCCCGGAGGGGCUUGGGCUGGCUCGCGAGGCGGGGGGCAUCCUUCUGGUUUAGCUUCACGUUCUCCCUCAGCUUCGUGCCAAGCCAAAUGUGGAAGAGCGUGGGCGACCGCAGGGACGGUGUGGGCUACUACUCCGACCCCCUGGGGAAGCCUUCGCUGCUGAGCCACUGGCGAGGGUUGGCGGAAUUCACAUUCGGCGCCAUCACCCUGCUCCCGAAGGCUCCGACGGACGAGGCCCUCGCGGCUGCGCGCGUGACGGCAUCAUCGGCAAGGGGGUCCGCGGGCUGGGAGGGCGACGGUGUUACGGUGAUGGACAACGGUAGCUACCUGGAGUUCUUGCCCCCGCCCGAAGCGCAAGCCUGUGGAGAGGAAGACACGGCAAGCGGCAACGAUCAUGGCACAGGGGUGGUGAUUUUCCCCGGGGCCCUGGUUCCUCCGUCGGCAUAUGCCCCCCUCGCUCGCACCAUGGCUCGGAAGGGAUACCCCUCGUACAUCUUGCGGUUCGAAUUCAACCUGGCAACCAAGGGGUGGGAAACAACCAGCGAGAUUAUCUCGCGCUCGGCACCAGCAGCAGACGGUGAGGAACGAGGAGCGAGCUGCUCCGCCGUUGUUUCGCGGCCAACCAAGUGGGUGCUCGCGGGACACUCCAUGGGCACGGUGGGCAUCGAGAUGUUCUACACAGAACACCCGGAGAGCGUGGACGGCGUGGUGUACAUGGGCAGCGGCAACAAGAUCGGCGACGCCAUGAAGGGGUCGGAAGUCCCGGCCAUGGUCCUGAGAGGAUCUCGCGAUCCGUACGUUCCGGCAGAGGCUCUGGCAAGAUCCGCCCACAAGCUGCCCAAGGGCGCCGAAAUUGUCGUGGUCGAAGGAGGAAGCCACCGAGGUUUCGGUUCGUACAAGAGCCAGCCCCUCGACUGGCAGGCGACCAUCACGGAGCAGGAACAGCGGGGGAUCAUCGUGGAAGCUCUUACCGAUUUCAUCGACCGCAGAGUUGCCAACUAGGCUCGGCCAUGAGACUUGGGAGAAACCAGUGUUCCCACGCACCUCUUCUAGAUGGUUGUUUUGCUGGGGAAUCCUUGAAUUCCAUCCUCGCAUGACGGUACUGCUGUACAGUCUGCGACACUUGUAUUAUCGAUGUGCUCCCUUGGUCACUUGUGUAUGUCCAUAUGAAGUUAAGAGAUCCAGCGUGCAAUAGGGUGCUGUUCGAUCCCAUACGCCUAGAUGUAUUGGGCACGUUGAAGCGAGUCAUCCACCGGAAAUGUGUAGAAAGCGUGCGGGAGUAAGGCGAUUACGCGAACACACCCCGGCCCUUCAACCUUUGGUCGAUUGAGUUGACAGGGCUUUCCCCAUUUGCCGCCUCUCCUUCUGGUGACCGUUGGUUGCCUAACCGGCCUCAUGUAUCGGUAGGGUAGGGUGGACCGGCAACUGCGAGAGGAAUGAGGGGUAUCGUAAAAUUGCCUGUACGCUUAGACUAACAUUUCACCCGGCGUGUCCGUUGGUACCAUGUAUGGCACGGAAGGGACGGGAGGGGAAAGGGAUGCACGGUGACAUUAUCACGGCUGCUGUAAAUGGCCAGACCAUGGCAUCAGGUAGCAGACUUUGCGUGCGUCAAGCAUCAUGAGCAAGCGCUCAGCGGCCGGAUUUGCAAAAGUAGUUUCUUCACUUGUGGAAGAGCAAGUAGUGACGUCUGUGUGCUUGCCAGCACCAUAUUUGGUAUUUUUGGAUGAUGCGUGCGUGGCAAGCUCGUGAGCAUGAUGUUUCGUUGAUCUUCGUCAGGGUGGCGUGUCUAAGCUUGCCGGCCGUAGUCUUAGCACAUGUGAUUGGUUGACUCUGCUGGGUUUUAGUGAUCCCACAAUUUCCAGCAUAUAUCGCUUACGCGCACCCUCCCCAUCCUCCCAUUAUAUUUUCCUGUCUGCUAGACUUGUGUGUUGGUCUACGUGGCGCUGCAUUCCCGGUCUACUGAUGAUGUAGAAGUAGUGCUCUGAAUCAUGCUUCGAGUACCUCGCGUCGUUCUAGGGCCGCGAGCGCCUCUUCAACAUGAUCAAGUGGGUCCACCACAUUGCGCCUACGUGCAAUAGCAGCAUCUGUGGCGUCAGCCUUUCCAACCACGUGCCGGGAUAAAGUUGUACAUUCAUUGAGGUGUGCGAGGGACACCUGGAGUGGACGCAACACACGUUCCAUCUUGCAUAUUUCAAGUUGUUCUCUUGAAAACAGUGAUGCAUGAAGUGUAGGUUAUCCCUGCAACCCCCCCCGCCCCUCUUCCCGCUGUCCCACAUAUGUAGACACACAUACCCCUCCCAGUCGAGCGAGGGGUAAUUUUUUUCGUUGGAAGCGACACCGGUGGUUCCCUUCGUCGUGUUGUAUGCAAACAAGCGUCUCGAUGACGUUCUUGGGCAGUUCUAGGAUGAUUUCUUCAGAGAGGGCCUUCGCUGUGUAUUAUAGCUCGAACACUACUGCUGAAAAGGGUGUGCGUCUUUGUGUGCCAUCUGUUGGAAAAAGUCGUGCUAUGCACUCUGCUUUCAGUUCGUGUUGCCUUUUGGUUGCACGAUUGGUCGAUCCUUGCGACAGUUCCGGGGGAACAAACAGAAUCGAAUCUAUUUCGGAUUUACCCGUCCGCACCCAUGAUGCGUAUCUCGGCAGUUGGGUUGGGGGUCGCAGCAUAGUAGGACACCCGGGGUGGUACUAUAGGAGCAG